AUGGAGUCAACUGGGUUGAAUAGGAGGAUGGCUAGAUGGCAGAUUUUGCUCUCUGAGUUCGAUAUAGUCUAUAUAAAUCAGAAGGCUAUUAAAGGGAGUGCAAUAGUAGACUUUUUAGCCAGCCAAGCUUUAGAAGACUAUGAACCUUUGGAUUUUGAUUUCCCAAAUGAAGACUUGAUGUGCAUGGCAACUGCUGAACAUGAUUCUCAAGAAAAUCAUCCUUGGAAGCUAAAUUUCGAUGGAGCUUCAAAUGCCGUAAGAAACGGGAUUGGGGCAGUCCUGAUAUCCCCAAAUGGAGACCACUAUCCUUUUACCAGUAAAUUGGAUUUUGACUGCACAAAUAAUAUGGUCAAAUAUGAAGCGUGCAUCAUGGGAAUUCGUGCAGCUAUAGAACGUAAAAUUAAGACGUUAGAGGUAUAUGGGGACUCUGCAUUGGUAAUAUACCAACUCAAGGGUGAAUGGGAGACGAGAAACCUCAAAUUAAUCAGUUAUCGAAAGUUGGUCCUCAAAUUGACGGAAGAGUUUGAUGACAUUACUUUCCGCUAUCUCCCACGAUAUGAAAAUCAAAUGCCUAAUGCAUUAGCCACUCUAGCUUCUAUGAUCAAGGUGAACAAGUUAGAAGAUAUGAAACCUAUCCAGAUAAGCAUUUUUGAGACCCCGGCUCAUUGCUACAAUAAGGAAGAGAAAAAUGGCAAUCAUCCUUAG